ACCGAUGGACUCCCCGAACCAGCGUCUGGCGGCUGCAGUCUCAGAGAUGGAGAGUGACGGCUUCCAGCUCUCGCAGGUCGUGGCCACGCAGCUGCAGGCGCACACUGCGAACAUCACGGCGCAGGUUCAGAAUGCGGUGGCUGCCACCACGCAGCAGGCCCAGGGCACGAUCAUAUUGCAGUUGCAUGCCCACUUCGCCCCGACGAUGCAGCGGGUUGAGGGCCACGAGCUGGCCAUCGGCGAUAUUCAGCGGAAGCAGAACGGAAUUGAGGACACCCAGAAGGCGCUGCGGGAAGACAUCAAGCGUAUCAAUCACCGGCUGGCCCUGUCCGAGGAGAGCCACGCAUCGGUGGACAUCGCUCGCCUUGCGGAAUUCGACAGGGACCCUCACCCCACGAUCUUCACGAUCAACGCUCCUGAUGAUGUGCCACCUUCUGAGGUUCGUGGUGCAAUUGGGUCGUGGAUUAGUGACGCCAAUCUUGACGUGGAAGGCACGGUGCUGCACGGCCGAG